AUGUCUACAGUCAGAGCACAAAAUCUCCAGGAUCUCAUCUACAAGCGCGGACAAGCUGGAGUCACGAAAGCCAGCGUAACAAUUGUAUUUGACAACCGAGAUAAAAAAAAGUCACCGAUCGGUUUCGAUGAAUAUGCCAGCAUUAGCGUGACACGUCAGAUUGUGCUAGGCGGCACUUCAAAAUACCUCAUCAAUGGGCACCGAGCACAACAGCAGACUGUUCAAAAUCUGUUCCAGUCAGUACAGCUCAAUAUCAACAAUCCUAAUUUUCUCAUUAUGCAAGGGCGCAUCACCAAAGUCUUGAAUAUGAAAGCGGUUGAGAUCCUUGCUAUGAUAGAGGAAGCUGCUGGAACCAGAAUGUUCGAGGACCGUCGAGACAAAGCACUCAAAACUAUGGGCAAAAAGGAGCUAAAACUUCAAGAGCUGAGAGAGCUAUUAAAAGACGAAAUCGAACCAAAGCUAGAAAAACUUCGAACAGAGAAGCGAGCGUUUCUCGAUUUUCAGCAAACACAAAAUGACCUUGAGCGCCUAACAAGAGUCGUUGUUGCCUACGAUUAUAUCAAAUGCCAGGAGAAGUUAAAGCAAUCUGCAGCAGAUUUGGAGGACAAGAAAAAACGUCACAGGAUGUUGGAAGAAUCCGCGACUCGUCUAAGGAGUGAAAUAUCACACUUGGAGGAGGACGUGAAGAAGGUCCGAGCUCAACGGGAAAAAGAAGUAAAGAAGGGGGGGAAAGCCGGGGCCCUGGAGGAAACCGUCAAAAAGCAUGCAAAUGAGUUGGUACGACUUGCCACGGUCAUGGACUUAAAAAAUACCAGUUUAGCGGAGGAAAAGGAGAAAAAGCAAAUGGUCGAGAAGACUGUCUUAGAGAUGGAAACAGCUUUGAAAGACAAGACGGCUGCCUUUGACGAUGCCAAGACAUCAUACGAUAAGGCAAGAGACGAUCUUGCCAAGCAAACUCAAGAAGUUGAAAGCAAAGAAGAGCUUUUGCAAACACUUCAAACAGGCGUCGCUUCCAAGGAUGGGCAAGAGAGUGGCUAUCAAGGCCAGCUACAGGACGCAAGGAAUCGAGCCACAGCAGCCGCGACCGAACAAGAACAGGCCAAAAUCAAAAUUGCACAUCUGGAAAGCCGACUGAAGGAGGAAGAGCCACGCGCUGAAAAGGCAAAAGAACAGAACGCCGGCCUUCUUCGCGACCUCGACGGACUAAAGGGCCAAGUGAACCAACUUGAAAAAGAGCUUGGGAAGUUGGGUUUUGAACCUGGUCAAGAAGAGGAAAUGUACAAGCAAGAGUCACACUUGCAACAGACUAUCCGGGGCCUUCGCCAGGACUCAGACAAACUCAAGCGCCAAGUUGCCAACAUCGACUUCAACUACGCUGAUCCCGUUCCGGGUUUUGACCGAUCUAAGGUGAAAGGCUUGGUCGCGCAACUUUUUACUCUUGACAAGGAACAUACUAGGGCCGGCACAGCGCUUGAAAUCUGCGCAGGUGGCCGACUUUACAAUGUAGUCGUGGAUUCAGAGGUCACGGGUACUCAGCUGCUUCAAAAAGGGAAAUUACGAAAGAGAGUCACCAUAAUUCCCCUGAACAAGAUUACCGCUUUUAAAGCGUCGGCCGAAACUAUUGCGACUGCACAAAACAUCGCUCCUGGGAAGGUUGAUCUUGCGCUUUCUCUAGUGGGAUAUGACGAAGAAGUGUCUGCAGCAAUGGAGUAUGUGUUCGGAAAUACUCUGGUUUGUGCCGAUGCAGAGACUGCCAAGCGUGUUACUUUCGACCCCAGUGUCAGGAUGCGAAGUAUCACUCUAGAGGGUGAUGCUUAUGAUCCUUCCGGUACACUAUCAGGAGGUAGUUCGCCUAAUUCUAGCGGUGUCUUGGUGACGCUGCAGAAAUUAAACAACAUCACUCGACAGCUCAAGGAAACCGAGCAGGCGUUAAAAGAAUUACAAAACAAGAUUAGCAAAGAAAAAUCAAAGUUGGAUCAGGCUCGUCGUAUCAAGCAAGAACUCGAUCUAAAGAACCACGAGGUCAAACUCGCAGGAGACCAGAUUAGCGGCAACUCUUCAUCUUCAAUUAUUCAGGAAGUUGAGAACAUGAAGACCAGUAUCCCUGAGAUUCAAAACAGCAUUACUGAGGCUAAGUCUCGUCAGGCCGAAGCCAAUGCGGAUAUCAAGAGAAUUGAGAAAGACAUGAAAGACUUCGACACAAACAAGGAUGCAAAGCUUAUUGAACUCCAAAAAUCUUUGGAUAAGCUGCGGGCUAAUCUUGAGAAGAACUCUGCAGCAGUCAAAAGCCUGCAAAAGGUGCAUCAAAGUGCUCAACUUGAUCUGGAACAAGUGGGAGCGGAUCUGUCCGCCGCCCGAGAGCAACUUCAGGAAGCCGAGGUUGGGAUCAAAGCAGCGCAACAGGAUGUUGAAAAUCUUUCAAGACAGCGGGCUGCAUUGAAAGAAACACACGACACUGUCCAAGCUCAACUAGAUGAUGAGAGAGCCAAGCUAAAUUUGUUUGACGACGAACUUCGUUUGUCAGAGGAAGCCAUGCGAUCGAAAAACGCUCGUAUUACUGAGGAAGGUCUAGAAAUGCAAAAGCUUGGCCAUCAAAUCGAACGAUUCCAUAAAGAGCGGCAAGCUGCCGCAGAUAACGUUGCUCAUCUGGAAUCAGAGUACGAAUGGAUCCAAGACGAAAAAGACAAGUUUGGCCGGAGCGGCACGCCUUAUCAUUUUCAGGACCAAAAUAUUGGUGAAUGCAAAGCCACACUGCGAAACCUUACAGAACGUUCGCAGGGCAUGAAGAAGAAGAUCAACCCCAAGGUUAUGAAUAUGAUUGACAGUGUCGAGAAGAAGGAAGUCACUUUAAAGCACAUGAUUAAGACAGUCAUUCGCGAUAAACGGAAGAUUGAAGAAACCAUCGUCAGCCUAGACGAUUAUAAGAAGAAGGCCUUACAUGAGACUUGGGAGAAGGUGAAUGGCGACUUUGGCCAAAUUUUCUCAGAGCUGCUUCCUGGGGGCAGUUUCGCCAAACUCGACCCCCCUGAGGGCAAGACUAUUAGCGACGGUCUUGAAGUCAAAGUGUGCCUGGGUAAGGUGUGGAAGCAGAGCUUAACAGAGUUGAGCGGUGGCCAGAGAUCUCUUGUUGCCCUCUCGCUCAUUAUGGCACUUCUUCAAUUCAAGCCUGCGCCGAUGUAUAUUCUCGACGAAGUUGACGCUGCUUUGGAUCUUUCCCAUACGCAAAAUAUUGGCCGUCUCAUCAAGACAAGGUUCAAGGGUUCGCAGUUCAUUGUCGUCAGUCUGAAGGAUGGCAUGUUCCAAAAUGCCAACCGAAUAUUCAGGACACGCUUCAGUGAAGGCACGAGCAUGGUUCAAGCCUUGACUCCUGCCGAUAUGAAGUAA